GACUGGGUGGUGCAACUCCUACAAAAGCAAAGAGUUGCCAGGCAGCUUCUUCCUCCUCGAUCUCUGGUGCAGCCGAGGCCAGGACAAGGGAGGGAGUCCGCCCUGGCCCUGCGUUGCCCACACCCUGGGGUCAGGAAGUCUGCAGGAUGAGGCCUUUUGGCUCUGAGGUCAGCAGGGACAAAGCGGGCAGACUGGCGGGUGAGCAGGAGGGCUGGGCUGGCCAGUGUCUGUCCACAGGGCACGGCUUUCUCCAGUGAGUGGCCAGCACUUCUGCUCAAAGAGACUGGAAAGCCCCUCCUCCCAGUCAGGUCGGCCUGGUCACCUCAGGCUCAGGGCCUGGCUCUUCCCAGAACUUCAGUGGCCUUUGGGAAAGGGGGUGGGCAAGCUUAGGCCAGAGCAAGGGGAGGCAGACGGCAGGGGCCCAACCCUAGAGGUGACCCGGAUGGGCCCCCAGGGCUCCCCCAUGUCUCUCCUCUGCCCUCUAACCUCCCUGCGUUUUACAGAUUUGUGUUUAACGGGAACCAGAGCAGCAAGGGGCAUGGCCCCUACGCUCCGUGCUGGGCUCUUGGAGAUCAAGGCCUGCUCUCAGCUCUGCCUCCCCGGCCAGGUUUCCCUAGGCCCUCCCUGUGCCAUGGCAGCCCGCCUGCUUCGCAUCUGUGGCCUCUUUCUGAUCUUGCUUGCCAUUGCUCGAGGCUCUGGGGACUCUACAGUACCCCCCAAGCCCUUCACCACGGUCUGGAACGCAGACACCCAGUGGUGCCUGGAGAUGCACGGCGUGGACGUGGACGUCAGUGUCUUCGAUGUGGUAGUCAACCCGAGACAGGCUUUCCGCGGCCCUAACGUGACCAUUUUCUACAGCUCCCAGCUGGGAACCUACCCGUACUACACGCCCGCUGGGGAGCCUGUGUUUGGUGGCCUGCCCCAGAAUGCCAGCCUGGCUACCCACCUGGCCCGCACCUUCCACGACAUUCUGGCUGCCAUGCCUGCACCCGACUUCUCAGGGCUGGUAGUCAUUGACUGGGAGGCUUGGCGCCCGCGCUGGGCCUUCAACUGGGAUGCCAAGGACAUCUACCGGCAGCGCUCCCGGGCGCUGGUGCGGGCCACACACCCUGACUGGCCGGCUCCUCGGGUGGAUCAGGCAGCCCAGGACCAGUUCCAGGGGGCCGCGCAGGCCUGGAUGACAGACACCCUCCAGCUGGGGCGGCUGCUGCGGCCCGGCGGCCUGUGGGGCUUCUAUGGCUUCCCCGACUGCUACAACUCUGAUUUUCUAAGCCCCAACUACACAGGCCAGUGCGCCCCAGACACCUCUGAGCAGAAUGACCAGCUGGGCUGGCUGUGGAACCACAGCUGUGCCCUCUACCCCAGCAUCUACAUGCCUGCAGCACUGGAGGGCACAGGGAAAGAGUGGAUGUAUGUGCGGCACCGUGUGACCGAGGCAUUCCGCGUGGCAACGGCUGCCGGGAACCCCACUCUGCCAGUGCUCCCCUACGCCCAGAUCUUCUACGCACUGACGAACCACUUCCUGCCCCUGGAGGAGCUGGAGCACAGCCUCGGGGAGAGCAUGGCUCAGGGAGCAGCCGGAGUGGUGCUCUGGGUGAGCUCGGAGAACACGAAAACCAAGGAAUCCUGCCUGGCCAUCAAGACGUACGUGGACACCACACUGGGGCCCUUCAUCCUGAAUGUGACCAGUGCGGCUCUUCUCUGCAGUCAAGCCCUGUGCUCGGGCCACGGCCGCUGUGCCCGCCACCCCAGCCACCCCGAGGCCCUCCUCGUCCUCAGUCCUGCUAGUUUCUCCAUCCAGCUCACGCCCGGUGGACCCCUGACCCUGCAGGGCGCCCUCUCACUCAAGGAUCGGGUGCAAAUGGCUACGGAGUUCCAAUGCCACUGCUACCGUGGGUGGCGGGGAGCUCAGUGUGAACAGCAGGUUAGGCGGUGACGGGUCACACGUCGUCGCCUUGUGCACACCCAGAACCUCGUGCGCUCCGGGCGGGGCUGGGCACAGCUUCCUCAGAACCAGGCGCAGCCACACAGUCACAGGAGUAACACUCAGCCAGCACCACGGCGCGUGCCCCGACACUCAGGCAAGGGUACGGAUCAGAGUAGACACACAGUUACAGCCACGGGCAGGCACUGUUCACAUGCACCUACUGCGCUAGGACAGACACUACGCCAGUCUGAAAUGCAGCAACCGCAGAAGCCCUUAUUCGCCAAGCACCUACUCCUUAAGUCCCACGUUAGUCAUUUUAGGAGGACUUCGUUUAUCCUCACGAUUAGGCUUAUGAGAAAACUGAGGCACCAACAGAGAGGGCAAGCCCUUUGAGGAAGGUCACACAGCAAAGACAGGGCGAAGCUGAGGUCCCAGUUGCGGACGGCCUUUUGGAUUUACUAUGGGAUGUUCACCAACCCCCUCAGCCCAGCAAAUAAAGCAGUCAAGACGGA